UCAUGACGCUCGGAGCUACAACCCAACUUCUCACCAAAUCUUCGAAGCUCUUCCUGAACUCAGCAACUCGGACUCAGCGACUCAGCGAUUUUCUCAACCUUUCUUCUCUUGGCAAAGCCUCAAUCUCGAUCCGAACCUUCGCGAUCAUGGCCGCCGCCGUCGACGAUUUCGUCAAGGGAAGCGUCCACCCCAACGGCGUCGCCGUCAUCACCCUCGAUCGCCCCAAAGCUCUCAACGCUAUGAAUUUAGAUAUGGAUAUAAAGUACAAAAGUUAUCUUGAUGAGUGGGAAUCAGAUCCAAGGGUGAAAUGUGUUCUGGUAGAUAGCAGCUCACCUCGCGCCUUUUGUGCAGGUAUGGACAUUAAAGGGGUUGUCGCUGAAAUUCAAAAGGACAGAAGUGGUGAUGUGAAGCAGGUCACAACUAAAAACCAAUUGUCAGAUAUGAUUGAGGUUUUCUCUGCUGAGUACUCUCUGAUAUGCAAAAUCUCCGAAUACAAGAAGCCAUAUAUAAGCUUCAUGGAUGGCAUCACAAUGGGCUUUGGGAUUGGUCUGUCAGGUCAUGGUCGCUAUAGGAUCAUAACAGAGAGAACAGUUAUUGCUAUGCCUGAAAAUGGAAUUGGUUUGUUUCCAGAUGUGGGGUUUUCAUACAUCGCAGCACAAAGUCCUGGAGGAGGAUCUGUUGGUGUUUACCUUGGAUUGACUGGAAAAAGGAUUAAUACGCCCUCAGAUGCACUUUAUGUUGGCCUUGGAUCACACUUUGUGCCGUCUGGAAACUUAGCUUCACUGAAGGAAGCCCUUUUGUCAACUAACUUUUCCCAGGAUCCACAUGAAGAUGUCAAAGCAGUUGUGGGAAGAUUCAAUAGCAACCCUGGGCCUGAUGCUCAUUUAAGUGUGCUUUUACCUCAAAUAAUUUCGUCUUUUGGUGGAAAUAAGUCAGUUAUUGACACAAUUGAAGAAUUGAAAAGAUACCGGCAGAGUUCAGAUGCAACCGUGGUGGAGUGGGCAAAUGAAGCUCUUCAAGGCAUUGCAAAAGGUGCUCCUUUUUCACUUUCUUUGACACAAAAAUAUUUCUCCAGAGUUGCAUCUGCGCUAGGAAAAAGUGACAAUGAGUUGUCCACGCUCAUCAGCGUAAUGAAAACCGAAUAUCGCAUUGCCUUGAGAUCUUCUUUGCGAAAUGAUUUUGCUGAAGGUGUUCGAGCAGUUCUAGUCGAUAAGGAUCAGAAUCCGAAGUGGAAUCCUCCGAGUUUAGAGGAAGUUGAUCACAGCGAAGUGGAAGCUGUCUUUGAACCAUUGAGUCCGAAUGUUGAGGAACUGCGUGUCUAACUUACCAACGUAGUGCUUUUUUCAGCAUUGAAUUGUGAUAUUGAAGGGCAGUAGUUAACUAAAUAUAUACAGGCGGAAAUAAUGUAAUUUUAGGCGUAAUAAAAGAUCUUUGUAUUGUUCGACACUUGAUGUUACAGCUUUUGAUAUGCCUCUUGCUCUGCUUGGAAUAGCAACUUUACGCUCUUUAACCCUCA